AAUUUUGUGAUCGAAAAUCCACUUGAAUAACAUUUUAACUGACUUAGCAAUGGAUCUGAACAACCCUUUUAAUUAUGCCAUAUAUCUAAUAAAUUACUUGUCCUCAUGUAGGUGCAAGUCAAUAUCAAAAUAUUUUACAAGGUAAGUUAGGAUUUAUUAUGAUAUUUUCAUUUUGAAUCAAACUAAGAUUCAAUGGAAUAUUUUGGCUUAGCACUUUUAGUUCAACUUUAUACAUUAUUAAAACUUAUUUUGAAUCCAACUAGAAUAUAUUGAGAGAGAUAUUUUGGCUAGUUUUAGCACUUUCUGGUCGUGCCGAUAGGUAUCAUGGAUCAGAAUCCUGGAGGACAGAUUGGCAUUCUGCAGAUGCUCGGCCUUUCGCAGCAAAAUGGUGGGUUAGGCUUUCCGGGCUGCCUUCAAACAGGCGGUAUCAUGGAUCAGAAUGGCAUGAUGCAGAUGCUCGGCCUUUUGCAGCAAUAUGGUGGGCUCGGCCUUUCGGGAGGCCUUCAAACAGGCGGUCCUAGUCAAUAUUAUGGUCAUAUGCAAGCGAAUCCAGGUCUAAGUCAAUAUCAAGUCAAUCUGCCAGGGAAUCCAGGUACACCAGUUGCUAUCCCUGGGACUAAUAAUGCAGUAGAACAGUCCGGCAAUGAAACCAAUAAUUUAUCGGAAGCCGCUAUCAGAUCUAAAAGGCACCGGGUCAAAAAAAAGGAUGAAGUCACAAAUAUGCAGAAGCAAAUAACCGAGAUUACUGAACUUAAUGGGGUGAUGAGUGCAGAAAUCAAGCAGCUCAAUGAGAAAGGUGACCAUCAGGUAAACGAAAUGCGUCAACUCCAAGGUUGUAUUGCCCAGUUGGAGAAAACAAAUACAGAUCUCAAAAACCAAGUAGAGGAGCUCACCCCGUUGGUAAUGGACGUGCAAAAGUUGCAAAAAGAAAACCUGGAGCUCAAAGCCCAAAAUCAUCUUCUGAUGAAGAAAAGUGGGGCCGACAUAAACCGUGCACUUAUGAAUAAGUACGGGAAAAGCAAGUCUAAAAUAAAACGGCUCAAAACGGCAAACCUAGCUUUAACAAUGCAGAUAAUAAAUUAUAAUGAUGAUGAGGACCGUGAACAAGGAGGACCAAGCAAAAGUAACCAGUCCAAGGUGUUGUUACUUUCAAAUCAAAACUGAACCAUUAAUCAGUUUGAAUUUGCGUAAUAUUAUCUCAUGGAUACGUAAUAAUUUGAAUUAUUUUGUUCCAGUUGAGUGUUUGACAUUGGUUUUUCAUAUGUUCUUUUGCUGGCUUAGACUUGUAAUUUUGCAUAUCACAUGAACAUGAUAAGAGUUAAGUGUGCUUGAAUUUUGAAUAAUAACAUUUUAAUCGUGUUACGUGAAUCCAAGAUUUAUUUGUUACUCAUUUAA